AGGCAAUUCUACGUAGACACAUAUAAAAGUUGAACUAGAAUUACUUCGCUAUAUCAUAUCCUUUUUGCAAUAGACUCAAUGAGCAAAUAAGCCAUUCUUACUUAAACUCGUACAGCUACAAUGUGCCAACGGUAUUAGAAACUCUUUGGAGAUUUCUCGAGUGUAACUGAAAGCCAGUAUCAAAACUACCUAAACCCUAACUAGUUAAUGUUCCUGAUCUUCAAUCAAUCCUGUUAAACUACAGUGGAUAUUAAUGAUAUGAGGUGCCGGAUAGGUACGAAAUUUGUCACGUCAGACCGGGUCGAUAUGUCGUGAUCCACCACGUUCAGAGCUCUCACCAAUCACGAAGCUUAGCAGCGUUGCAGACUCGGCUUAACAUCUCUAAAAGCAACCUGCAUCGUCUAUAGAUAUCUUAAGUCAGUUAUUGCUAUUAUGAUGCCAUGGACUAGGGUCGUGGGUCUCGUCAUCGAUAUGCUUGCAAGUUAGUCUUUGAAGUAGCUGAAUUGCGCACUUCAGACAGGCCAGACUAGAGAAACUUUCCUCGCCUCUGCCUGUCUCGACUACAUUAAAAAGACUACUAGUCAUCAUCUCUUCAAGUUUUCCGGUACGGUUGUGCUUGUGCAAAAUGGCCGAGAAGACUGUGGACGACGCUCCAGGAGGCGGCUCUGGUGCCUCUGACUCUGAGAUCACCGUUUCAGGAAUCAACGAGCGCGCGCUGUUAAGAAAAUUGGACCUGCGACUCUUACCUGCGGUUGGGAUAUUGUAUUUAUUGUCUUUCCUUGACCGAAGCAACGUUGGCAAUGCUCGUAUUGAGGGUCUACUUGACGACGUUCACAUAACUGGGAAUCAGUAUCUUACAGGUCUAACUCUGUACUUUGUGGGAUAUGUGCUGUUUGAGAUCCCUUGCAACAUUAUCCUCAAGCGCACAACGCCCAGGAUUUGGCUGCCGACGUUAACAAUAGUAUGGGGCAUCGUGGCAACUCUGAUGGGCAUAGUCCAUAAUCUAGCAGGUUUCCUCCUGAGUAGAUUCUUCCUUGGUGCGGAAAGUGGUUUAUUUCCAGGAGUAGUAUUCUACUUCUCUAUGUGGUACAAGAGACGAGAGCGGCAAUAUCGCAUAUCCCUCUUCUUUAGCGCCGCAUCUCUAGCUGGCGCAUUUGGCGGUAUCUUGGCUUAUGGAAUCGGAAGAAUGAGAGGUAUUGUCUGGGAGAACGGGUGGCGCUGGAUUUUUAUCUUGGAAGGCAUUCUCACGGUCGUCGUGGCAGCUGCGGCGUAUGGGUUUAUUCACAACUACCCAGACACAUCGAAGUUCCUAACCGAAGACGAACGGAAAUUUAUCCACCAGCGGUUGGCGGCAGACAGCGAUUCUACGCACGACGAGCGCUUUAAUUGGGGAGCUGUAGUAGAAGCACUGAAAGACCCAAGCUGCUGGCUCUACGGAUUGGGAUUUCAUACAAUGAGCUUACCUCUCUAUACGCUGUCUCUAUUCUUGCCAACCAUUAUAUCCAAUCUUGGAUACACGGCGGCAACAGCCCAGUUGCUCACCGUCCCACCGUAUGCGUUUGCAUUUAUAACCACAGCCUCUGUAGCCAUUCUCUCCGAGCGACUUGGCCAAAGAGCAAUCUUUAUUGGUGGCUCUGCUAUCUUCGCUGUUAUUGGUUACUCUAUCCUGCUAGGAAACAGUGAUCCGGUUGCCAGACCCGGAGUUAGCUACGUCGGCGUGUUCUUCGCUGCAGGAGGUAUAUAUCCGGCAAGUGCCCUGGUGUUGUCUUGGCCUGCUAUCAACGUGUCCGGUCAGACGAAGCGAGCGAUUGCGAACGCUAUGCAAAUUAGCAUCGGUAACCUCGGUGCCGUACUGGGUACACAACUGUACCGUUCUACGGACGGACCUAGAUUCAUCGUGGGCCACUCUGUUGCCCUUGGGUACCUCGUCGCUAAUGCGGUUGUUGUGACAAUUUUGGCGGUAAGGUUAAAGAAAGAAAAUAAGAGGCGUGAGGGAAUAACAGAAGAAAUAAAACACGUAGGGGAAGUAGCUGAUUGGCAGGGAGAUUCAGAUCCGAGAUGGCGGUUUGAAUAUUAA